CGAAAGACCGAAAGCAAGAUUGGAAAAAGGUACUUUAAAUCCGACAAGGUCCGUCAAGGAGAGCGGGAGCGCCAGAAGCUUGGCCUAAAGCUUACUUGCUUUGUGGAGUUGACCCUGCCAAGGAUGGCGAGGGGGGAUUGGACGGCGAUAUUGGAGGGUGGGAGCAGAUGUGGACUUCUACUCCAGACAUGACAUACUUUGAGCUAAUGGGUAGCAUAGGAUGUUACCAUACUGUAUAUUCACAGUACGUUGCUAGGCUAUAUAUUUAUAAUCGAGUAUUUGUUCUAGAUUAUCCUGGAUUCCAUUCAUUAACAUCCAUAGUGGGCAGGCAAUAAAGUGGGCCAUCCGUUGCGACGUCGACAUCAUCUUCAUGGGCUAGACUAUCAGGAACCGCGAUCCAGACAGUGAAGAGGUAAAACAACGGCAACAGGCCGUCAUCACGGCCUAAAAGAAAAAAAACCCCCCCCCAAUGUUCUGCUCUGCUAGCGACGAGGGUCUAAACCGAGCCAAGACAACAUAUCCGGGCAACUUUAAGGAGUGCUUUCGCAUAGGCGCCGCCUGGAACGACGGCGUGCGGUUUUCAUGGGUGCAUCCGCUGGGUGCGGAGUUCCUCCUCCCCGGAAACCAGAUCCCGUUCCACAGCCCGGAUAAGGACUCGUAUGUACAAAACGGGCAGAUCGUACGCCUUGACGGCACUUACGACCUCCGUGACAAAGAGAAGAUGGCUAAUGCGUUUUGGGCCUCUGCGAGCCGAUGGCUAAAUUUGUAG